UUGUGUACACGUUCUGAAUAGUGUGUCCGUGUAUCGGCGUUUUUUACAAAAACAACAACAAAGAAGAUUCAUACAUACAUCCAACCGGAAGGAAGUUUAAUUGCAAAAUGAAUAAAAAGUUCAAAGAAAAAAGAGUAGUAGAAAAGAACACAACGCGGCAACACUGUUAAAUACCUUUACAUACAACCCAAAAAACAUAAAACAUUGAAACGAGCGAGCAAGGAACAUUGAAACGAAACACAAUGCACCUGAAAAAGAAACACCCCAUUAGUUAUGGAUCCAAUAUGGCCGAUAAUACACGGGAAGUACGAAUUGAGGAGCAAUUAAAAGUAAAGAUUGGUGAAGCGAAAAAUCUAAGCAGUCGAAAUGCGGCAAAUACAAGUUGUAGCACACAGGGAACACGAGAUGUUUACUGCACGAUCGCCUUGGAUCAGGAAGAAAUUUGCCGAACACCCACCAUAGAACGUACAUUGUCGCCAUUUUUCGGCGAAGAGUAUCAGUUUAAAAUUCCGCGUCGCUUUCGUUACCUAUCGGUAUAUGUUUGGGAUAGAGAUCGGCACAUGAAACAGGACAAGCCCAUCGGAAAAAUUGCCAUAAAACGCGAAGAACUACACAUGUACAAUCACAAGGAUCAUUGGUUUUCACUCAGGCCGGUCGAUUCGGACUCCGAAGUGCAGGGGAUGGCACACAUUGUGGUACAAUUCGAGGAAUCACCCGCACAGAUUAACGAACAACGUAUCAACAUGCUGCGACCAAGCGAUUACGAUCGCAACAACAGUGAAAUUAUUGAGGAGUUCGUGCAGCAGCAUCAGUCGUUGCAAAACGACUACAAAGAGAAUAGUGAACUGAGCAAUAUACAACGAAACAAUACGAACAAACAUCGAAGCACAGGCGGGACUGGAGGUGGUGGUGGCAAUGGCUCAAUAUUUAAUCUACACCAUCAACAGCAAAGUAUAGAGGACGGCACAAAUUGGAAAAACUCGUCUGCGAAUGGAAAACACUCUCGUGUGACCAUACGUGUCCCGGAGUGCACAGACUUGCCAAAGAAGAAUGGUACUUGUGAUCCCUAUGUUUUAUGUACGGCCACGUACUCAAACAAACGGCAGAUAUUGAAACGAACAAAAUUGCGCAAGAAGACGGUGAAUCCCGAAUUUGAUGAGAGUAUGAGUUUCGACCUUAGUAUUGAAUGCGAUUCCUCGUCCUCGGCGAAAUCGGCACACUACGAUUCGAGCAGCGGAAGUGGAACGAUCAAUUCGAACAAAGCCUACACAAUCUAUCCGGUGGGAGGGGCGGAUUUGUGCGAGAUAACGGUGUCGGUGUGGCACGAUGCUUCUGGCAUGUCUGACAAGGUGUUUCUGGGUGAAGUGAAGUUGCCAAUGCGUAACAAGCAGCAACAAGCAUCCAUUCAACCUUCUGCCUGGUAUUACCUUCAACCGAGGUCGUUAAGCUCCUCAGUGCGGUCAGUGAAUCCGUCGACGCGAUCGUGUGCCACUCCACCGGGCACACGGUUGAGCGGCGACAGUACAAUUGGUUCGCUCCGUUUAAAAAUACUCUAUACCGCCGAUCACGUUUUCCCGCUUGCCACUUACGAUGAUCUUAUGAAUCUACUGCUCGAGUCCGUGGACCAACGACCCAUUACUUUAUCAUCAGUGUUUAUACUGGGCGAAUUGGUGUCAUGUAAAACGGAUGUAUCACAGCCGCUGGUUCGUCUUUUUACACACACGGGCCGGAUCGCACCCAUUAUUAAGGCAUUAGCAGACCACGAGAUCUCAAAUCUAACCGAUCCGACAACCAUAUUUCGUGGCAAUACAUUGGUUUCGAAAAUGAUGGACGAGGCGAUGCGCUUAUCGGGCUUACACUAUCUGCAUCAAACGCUACGGCCCGUAUUGGCGCAAAUACUCGCUGAAAAGAAGCCCUGCGAAAUAGAUCCGUCCAAAGUGAAAGAUCGCUCAGCGGUCGAUACUAAUUUGCAUCAUCUGCAAGACUAUGUAGAGAAGGUAUUCGACGCCAUUACCAAGAGCGCUGUACGUUGUCCCAAAGUGUUGUGCCAAAUUUUUCAUGAUUUGCGAGAAUGUGCCGGACGUCAUUUUCCACACAAUCGUGAAGUUCGAUAUUCGGUUGUAUCGGGUUUUAUAUUCCUGCGUUUUUUUGCACCGGCCAUACUGGGGCCAAAACUAUUUGAUUUAACCACAGAGCCACUGGACUGUCAAACGAAUCGUACAUUGACACUGAUAUCAAAAACAAUACAAUCGCUGGGAAAUUUGGUAAGUUCGCGUUCCUCACAGCAACCCUGUAAAGAAGAGUACACCGGACAGUUGUAUAAAAAAUUCUGCACAGAAAAGCAUGUUGAGGCAGUGAAAGCAUUUCUGGAAAAUAUUUCCACGCCCUGUAUUGAUGAGAACGGAUCCAAUCAUGAAUCCGGCAGUCUCUUCCCCAUUGGGGAGAACAGUCUGGAGCCAGUAUUAUUAAAGGAAGGCAUGAUGACUAAAUACCCGCAAUGUCGCAAACGUUUUGGUCGACGUCCUUUUAAGCAACGCUAUUUUCGUCUGACGACCCAGUCUUUGUGCUAUGCCAAAUCGAAAGGCAAACAACCAAUCUGUGAUAUACCAUUGUCGGAAAUUGAACGCGUCGAACAAUUAAAUGAGAAAAGUUUUAAAAUGCAAAAUUGUUUUAAGAUUGUGCGUAAAGACCGUUCACUUAUUGUACAGACGACUAACUGUGUCGAAGAAAGAGAAUGGAUUGACCUGCUUCAUAAAAUUUGCCUAACCAAUUCCAUAAGAUCACAAUAUUUUCACCCAUCUGCUUUCGUAAAUGGCGUGUAUAGUUGCUGUGAUCGAUCGGAUGAAAACGCGCCAGGCUGUAAAAACGUCUCAGCGGAAGCUAUGGACUAUUUUCAAAUGGAUUUGAUAACGGCAUUGGACCCAGCGUUGGAUUUACAACGUAUUCAUACCCUUAUCAUGUCCCACAUGACACAAUUGGAAACAUUUCUCGAUCAUGUCGGAGUUUUUCAUCAACUGCAACAACAACACAAUCCUUUGGUGGCAACAGCGAUAGCACUGCAACAGCAGUCACCGCAUUUGUAUGCAAAAUUCAAAGCGACAAUUAUGCAGUUGAGAGAGGUGGCGUAUGUCAUCGACAAAGAUCACCGAAACUACAAGCAGGGAAUAUCACGAGAACUAAAGUACGGCAGUCGGCAGGCACCGAUAGGCGACGACAACUAUUUACAAAUGAUGCGCACUGCGGGCCACAUGGAUUUGCAACCACAACAACAACAGCAACAGCACCAACAUCAGCAACAAGUUUUGCCACAAAUGCAAUUGGUGAUGGCAUAUCCGUAUCAUCAACAGCAUUCGCAACAUCCCACGAAUAUGAACGCGUAUUUCAUGCAUAAUCUACAGUCGUCGUCUCAACAACGCAGCGCGCAACAGCUCUACCAGCAGCAGCAGCAACAAAACAAUCAGCAUUCUAUGCGUGCUGCUGCAAUGGUACAUCACCAUUCGUCAGCGACACCUUCGUCUAGCAACUCUUCGACCACAUCUAGUGUAGCACCCACUAUUACCCCCACAUCCAGCAUUUACUUACGUGAAAAGCUACCAGUUGAAAGAUUUGCAAACAAAUGUUGA